GCCGAUCACCCGGAAGUUACGCGCCGGCCCCCUCCCCCGGGAGCUUAUUCGGAGACCGGUUGUCGGCCUCAUGUGAGGGCUUUGUGGAUUUGAUCGUUUUUGUGUGGAAAUAACCCCCUGGCAGUAGCUUGCUUAAACCAAACAGCAUAUGAAAAUGGAUAUCCAGAAGGACUUGCAGCCUCCAAAGCAACAGCCUAUGGUCUACAUUUGUGGAGAGUGUCACACUGAAAAUGAAAUUAAAGCAAGAGAUCCGAUCCGAUGCCGAGAAUGUGGUUACAGAAUAAUGUACAAGAAGAGAACAAAACGAUUGGUUGUUUUUGAUGCCCGAUGAACUUUUUCUCCAAAGCAUUUACUGCUAAUUCUUGUUUCUUUCAAAAUCUAACUUCUAAAUUUCAGGAGAGAAGCCUUUUUAGUUUACUACGUUAGAAUUAAACAUUUAUUGUAUUUCUUGAAUGUUUCAAAUUGUACGGUAUAAAAGUGAUGUUGGAACAAUCACUGAAUAAUCAACUACACUGUACUUUUCCAUUCAAGAUUAAAGAUUAAUUUUAUUUGUCCCAUGUACAUAAAAACA